CUGGCCAGUUCCACUUGGAACUGGUGAGUUCCACUGGACUGAUGAGGAUGAACUGAAAGUAGAAAGGACAAGAAAACUCUGAGCAACUUGAGACACCAAGAGGCCACACAAUCACCUUACAGGGAUGCAUAACUCAGUCAUGAUCUGCUUUGUUGUGGGAAGUUUCUUAUGGUUCCCCCAAGUGAGAGGUGAGGAAGGCUGCCUCAACACUGAACUGUGUUCAGGUACAGCGUGGGACCGUCUGUGGUAUAUCUGGCUGGUGCUGGUGAUUGGGGGGCUCCUGCUCCUAUGUGGCCUGGUCUCUGUCUGCAUGAGGUGCUGCUUCCAGUGCCAUCAGACAGGGGAUGAAUCUGGCCCCCAGCCCUAUGAGGUCACCGUCAUCGCGUUUGACCAUGACAGCACCUUGCAGAGCACCAUCACUUCUCUCCACUCAGUGUUUGGGCCUGCAGCCAGGAGAAUAUUAGCCGUGGCACACUCCCACAAUGCUGCCCAGGGAACACCUCCACUCUCCACAUCAGACACCCCUCCAGUGUAUGAAGAAGCUUUACACAUGAGCAGGUUCACAGUCGCCAAGGCGGGGCAGAAGGUGCCAGACCUGGAUCCAGUGCCAGAGGAAAAACUGCCGGCACCUGAAGAGCGCAAGGAUGCCCAGCCGCCCCUCCCAGGACACUGAUGUCUGGUUUUACUUGACAGCAAACAAUACAGGAUAGUUACAUGCAGAGACUAAUUAAGGUGGGCAAAUUUAAGAAUUUCAGAUUCAUUUCCGUAGUCAAUUGAGAAAGAGAGGGGAAAAGCAACUAAAAUUCCAAGUAUUUUCAGGUCUAGCAUAGUCUAAUGGCUCUUUUUGACACCUCCUUCAGAUAAUUUGCAUUCUCCAAGUCCAUUCAUUACACGCACACAACACUAGAAUCACACAGCACAAAUAAGCAGGCAGCAGGAGCCUUUUUGUAGGCUAGUGAUCUGCAGGGUGGCUGCUGAUGCAGUCUCAUUCCUCUUGCCUUUAGCCUCAGUUUCCUCAGGAUGGCAGAGUAGUCUUCAAAAUAGAAAGAAAAAAAAAAAAGAAGAUAUUUGCGAAGGUCUAUGGAUGCUAAAUGCGAGCAACAAGCAGGGAGCACAGUGCCUGUGGAAUAGCAGGCCGCAUAACUUUCUCAGACUCACCUGAGAAAGCAGCCUGGGAAAUCAUAAGGAGAAAUCAAAACAAUCCUCAGAGACAGAAGACAGCCUUGCAGGUAUUGUUUGUCAGUUUCUUCUUUUCUUGCAAGAGAAGGUCGAGGGGUGGUGUACCCCACUGACCAAUGAUGGUGAUGUGUUAGUUCACUAACCAAUAAGUUUUACCUUUCUGUACUUUCGCAUAUCGAUCUAUAAAAGAAGAUCUGAGGUAAUAAACCUUGCUCUCCUGUUCAACUCACAAGAGAGUUGUGUUGUACUGCCUUGCCGUUCCUAAAAUAAUGCGACAAAAGUCUAUUACAACUGAAUAUUAACAUCCAACCUCUGGAAAUUGCCAACCAGCAAAUUAAAAAAAAAAACAAAACUGAAACAAUCUGCAUGUAAAGGAAAGAAAGCAUACAUACAGACUGUAUGUACACAUUAUGCCCUUAAUGCCCUGCAGGAUACAUAGAAUGAACAGUCUGGUUCUAAAUGGGAUAUAUAGCAAUUCUGAAACGGUAGUCACAAGCUCUUAUAUAUGAAUUUAAAAAUAUUAGAUAUGUACCAACAGAUCAAACAAGGAGAGGAGCAAGAACACUACCUCUGAAAUAAAGCUCAAUCAUAUUUUCAAUGCAUUCCUAUAGUAUAAUUUAUUAAUUCCUAAUUUUGCUGUCAAAAACAGAUCAAUUGAAGUGGGACCAUUUAAAACAUGUAAGCCAUUUCUCAGACUGAAUAAUUUGUGGGGCUCUCCUGGUCAAUACAAAUAUGUUGAACAAUCCAGAAAUAUUAAUAAAGCUGGAUUAACAUAGGUAUGGCCCAUCUGUAAAACCUUGGACUAGGCAGUCAGGAGAAGGUGAGUGUUGAACUGCAUCAGUGUUGUCUCUACCCUGGAUUCAGCACCUGAAAUCAUUAAAGCAGACAACAUUAAAUAUCACAUGAUGAUUCAUUCAGCCAUUAAUAAAUUGCCUGCAUAUGUUCAUGUUGAUAUAAAGGCACAGGUCACAUCUUUUUGAAAUGCCUGCAUGGCAUUUCCUGCAAUUCCCA